UGGUCGGGUCACGUGAUGUGGUAUUAGCUCGAUGACUCUGCUAUGUUUAUCGUUUGCGGAAACGUUGAAGAAAUGUUGAUUUUCACGCUUUUAUCAGUUUACUGUCAUCGGGGGAUGCUGCGCGGCUGCUCAGAGACUCGUUUUUGUCGGCGCUGCCCGAAGAGUUUGGCUUCGAAAACGGACGCUGUAGGCCUACACGUCACGUGACCAGCAUGCGGCGGAGCGUUUGAUAAAAAGAUGGCGUGAGCGCGACGGAGCGGAUAGGACAACAAGCCCCGAACUGCUGAGCGCUGCCGAUCGCGAGCCGCAGCGGCCGUUCAACCACCAGAUGGAUCCCGGACAGGAUUUACUUCUCGCCGCUCUCAGUGAGAGUGGAAUUUGCCCAAAUGAUAUUGGCUUAUUUGAUGUUGAUUCUCAGGAUGUUGCACAGCCCUCUACAACCCAGCAAUCUAUCUCCAUCAGUGCCCUGGAUGUUGGUGUUGGUUUGGGGACAGAGUCAGUAGAAGUUGUUCGACCUGAACAUCCUGCUGCAGUCCCCAUUGUUACCAUCAGGCACAAACCUCAGCCAUCAACCACCACGUUUGUCUUAAAUCAGCUGAAUCAGUUGCCUCCACUGGGAGCUGUUGUGACCAAACAGUCUGCUAUUAACCCUGUCAAGCAUACCAUAACUGUCACCAAGGUGGUUCAUGUGGCGAAUUCAACCCUGCGAAGUUCAUCAGCCCCCUCUACCACAAGUAUUCCCCCUUCAGCAUCCACAGUAGUGCCUUCUAACAGAGAUCAGCAGAUUCAGUUGAAAGACCUCCUUCGGCCCAGCAGUGUGAAGAGCACUGGUCUAAAGGGCAACAGUCUGAUAGAGCUCAUGAAGCUCAAGCCUCCACCUGAUAUUGCUCCACCAGUAGCAACAGCCACAGGCCCAGGUGACUUGAACAAUGGAAUCAAGAGAGAAGUUUUGGGUAAAGAUGCUGCCAGGAUCUGGAUUCAUGAUGACAUUAAACUACAAACCUUUCCACAUUCUCUGAAACCUCCAGUGGUGAAGGAAGAGGAUGAGCCUGAGGAGGAAGAGGAGGAUGAGCUGGGUCAUGCUGAGACUUAUGCAGAGUACAUGCCACAGAAAUUAAAGGUUGGCCUGAGGCACCCAGAUCCUGUUGUAGAGACCAGUUCUCUGUCCAGUGUGAGCCCUCCAGAUGUGUGGUACAGACUGACCAUCCCAGAGGAAGUCAUUGACAGGGGCUGCCUCUCUGCGUUGCAGCUGGAAGCUAUUACAUAUGCAGCUCAGCAACAUGAGACAUUCCUCCCAAAUGGUGAUCGAGCUGCUUAUUUGAUUGGCGAUGGAGCUGGUGUGGGGAAAGGCAGGACGAUUGCAGGGAUCAUCUAUGAGAAUUACCUCCUGGGCAGGAAGAGGUCACUAUGGUUUAGUGUCUCAAAUGAUUUGAAGUAUGACGCUGAAAGGGAUUUAAGAGACAUUGGAGCCAAGAACAUCCAGGUUCAUUCCCUGAACAAGUUCAAAUAUGGCAAAAUCUCUUCAAAGCACAAUGGAAGUGUGAAGAAAGGUGUCAUCUUUGCCACCUACUCCUCUUUGAUAGGAGAGAGCCAGUCAGGAGGGAAAUAUAAGACCAGAUUUGAGCAGCUUCUCCACUGGUGUGGCGAAGACUUUGAUGGAGUCAUCGUCUAUGAUGAGUGUCAUAAAGCCAAAAACGUUUGUCCAAUUGGCUCCUCCAAGCCUACAAAAACUGGGCUUGCAGUGUUGGAGCUGCAGAACAAACUCCCAAAGGCUCGGGUUGUGUAUGCAAGUGCUACAGGUGCCUCUGAACCACGAAACAUGGCCUACAUGAACCGGUUGGGCAUAUGGGGACACAAAACACCCUUCAGAGAAUUUGGGGACUUCAUCCAAGCUGUUGAGCGCAGAGGUGUUGGCGCCAUGGAGAUUGUAGCUAUGGACAUGAAGCUGAGAGGGAUGUACAUUGCAAGACAGCUGAGUUUUACAGGUGUGACUUUCAAGAUCGACGAGGUUCCCCUGACUCAGCAAUAUAUCAACAUGUACAACAAAUCUGUUAGACUGUGGGUGAGUGCACGGGAAAGGUUCCAGCAGGCUGCAAACCUCAUGGAUGCAGAGCAACGCAUGAAGAAGUCCAUGUGGGGUCAGUUUUGGUCUGCCCACCAAAGGUUCUUUAAGUAUCUCUGCAUUGCCUCCAAAGUCCGCCGAGUGGUUCAGCUGGCCAGAGAAGAGGUUCAGAAUGGAAAGUGUGUGGUGAUUGGCCUUCAGUCCACUGGUGAAGCAAGAACACUGGAGGCCUUGGAGGAAGGAGGGGGAGAACUCAAUGACUUUGUUUCAACUGCAAAAGGUGUGCUACAGUCCUUGAUUGAAAAGCACUUCCCAGCUCCAGACAGACAGAAGCUUUACAGCCUGCUGGGUAUCGACCUCUCAGCAAAGAAGACCCCCUCUCCCAGUGACACAGCAGUAGAACAAGAACAGAAGGGCAAGAAGAGGAAAGGUUCAGAGGUUAAAAAGCAGCAGAAAAAGCGUCCCCGGAAGCAUGGGGGUCUGUCGGGUACGAGUUCAGAUGAGAGCCAGUCAGAGGAGUCGGACAGAGACUGUGACAGUGAUGACAGCUUCAAAUCAGUCAGCUCAGCAGACGAAGACGACGAUUUCAACCCAUUCAGAGAAGAGUCUGACGAUGACGAUGAUCCAUGGCUUAACAGGAAGGAACCAAAGAAAGGGAAGGAGAAGAAGAAGAAAAAGAGGAGAAAGAGUAUUGAUCCAGACUCGAUUCAAAGUGCCUUGUUGGCCUCGGGGCUGUGCUCCACUAGGCCUACUUUCACUGCCUCAGUUAAUCCCCCCAGCACGCCUGCCACAGUCAAGUCAGACAGUCAGGAAAGCUGGCUAACAAGUCAGGACUCAGUGGAACUUGCCCAGAAAAUGAAGAAAGAGCUGCUUGAAAAACUGGAGGAUCUGGCAGAGGAUCUGCCUCCCAACACUCUGGAUGAGCUCAUAGAUGAAUUGGGAGGACCUGAAAAUGUAGCUGAGAUGACUGGCCGUAAAGGUCGCGUGGUCAGCAACGAUGAUGGGACCAUCACUUAUGAAUCUCGCUCUGAGCUGGACGUCCCUGUGGAAAUACUCAAUCUCACUGAGAAGCAGAGGUUCAUGGAUGGAGAGAAGAACAUAGCCAUCAUCUCAGAAGCAGCGAGCUCGGGUAUAUCCCUGCAGGCUGACCGUCGAGUGAAGAACCAGCGGCGGAGAGUCCACAUGACACUAGAGCUGCCGUGGAGCGCAGACAGGGCUAUACAGCAGUUUGGGAGAACCCACAGAUCAAACCAGGUCACAGCUCCAGAAUAUGUCUUCCUCAUAUCGGAGCUUGCAGGAGAGCAAAGAUUUGCAUCCAUUGUUGCCAAAAGACUAGAAAGCCUGGGUGCUCUCACUCAUGGUGACAGAAGAGCAACAGAAACUCGGGAUCUGAGCAGAUUCAAUUUUGACAACAAAUAUGGCAGAAACGCUCUGGAAAUUGUGAUGAAGUCGAUCGUAAAGCUUGAUACUCCAUUAGUGUCUCCACCCUCGGACUUUAAAGGGGAUUUCUUCAAAGAAAUUCAAAUUGGAUUAGUAGGUGUUGGCCUCAUAAAUGUGGAGGACAGAUCUGGCACACUAUCACUAGACAAAGACUACAACAACAUGGGGAAGUUCCUGAAUCGUAUUUUGGGCAUGGAGGUCCAUCAGCAGAAUGCUUUGUUUCAGUACUUUUCUGACACGCUUUCAGCGGUGAUUCAGGAAGCAAAGAAGAAUGGCAAAUAUGACAUGGGCAUUCUCGAUCUGGGCUCGGGUGAUGAAAAAGUAAAGAAGGUGGACUGCAGGAAAUUUCUAACACCUGGCUACACUACAUCAGGGCAUGUUGAACUCUACACUGUAAGUGUUGAAAGGGGAAUGUCCUGGGAAGAAGCCACACACGCUUGGGCAGACCAGAAUGGAGCCGAUGAUGGUUUCUAUGUGCAGAUGAGGAACAACAAAAAAACGGCCAUCCUUGUCAAAGAGGUGAACACUAAGAAGAGGCUGUUCUUGGUGUACAGGCCCAACACCGGCCGGCAGGUCAAACUGGAGACGUACGCAGACCUCAAGAAGAAAUUUAAAAAGGUCUUGUCAGAAGAUGCCAAGCAGCACUGGACUGACCAGUACAAGUCUUCAGAAAAAAUCUGCUCACACGCAUAUUGGCGCGGUAACUGCAAGAAGGCGUCAGUGGGUCUACAGUGUGAAGUUGGUCUUCGGUGCAGGAGGUACUACGUUUUGUGUGGAUCAGUGCUCAGUGUUUGGAAUGAGCUGGAGGAAGUGCUCACCCCGGUCAGUGGAACCAAUGUAAAGGUGCAGAUUGUCCGGCUGAGAACCGAAGAUGGGCAGAGGAUAGUCGGACUGAUCAUUCCGGCGAACUGUGUGUCUCCGUUAAUUAACAAGCUCUCAACAUCGGACCAGUGUCAGCAGCUGGCUGUGCAGGAGCAGCAGAAACGGCAGCAGCUUCACCCUCAGAGUCUGAGCCACACACACCACACAUAGUUUAGGGGCUUUAAUCCCCAUCUCUACCCCUCAAGUUCACAUCCCUCCCUGAAGGGAUCUCUCUACACUGCAGGCUCCAGGACCUUCUGCACAACCCUCAUUGUUCCUGAGGGUCAGAGGUGUGGUACCAAGCUGUGGUGACACUCGGAUGUAAAGCAGUGGUUGUAUAGAGAAAUUUUCUUUUUCUUCUUCCUUUUUUUUCCCCCACCCCCCCAAAAUUUGUAAUCUCCAGAGACUCUUCCUUUCACCUGGAGAUAUUUGACAGGUGAUGUAUUUUCCUCUGACAUUCAGAGUGAGAAGAUUUGGAACUUUAAGAGAGCAUGUUGAUCUGAGUUUUCCACUCCUCACCGAUACUUUACCCUGUUUUACCCCAGAACCACCUCAGUAUGAAACACAGACUUUUUGUGGGUCUGGACCAAAAGUAGAUGAAGCAAAAUCUACGUUUUUUCAGAGUCAGAGGAAAGUCUCAGAUGGGCAUAUAGUGCUUAACUACAAUCACAUAUUAAUGUAUGCUAGAGACUCAUUAUAUUAGAUAUUACCCAGCACUACUGCAGCGUAAGAAUUUUUGUUUUCUGAAGUAGAAAAAGUGAUGCAGUUUACUGCAGGAAACCUUUUGCUUUUUUUUGGGGGGGGGGGACUUCUGAUGCACUGUAUCUGGCAUAUUUGCUCAUGAGACGGUGAAAACCAAAUAUUCUUAUUGUCAGGUUCCACGUCCUUCUAAAAUCAGGCCAAUUUCUGUUUUUGCUCAUCUGUUUUUCACACAGGUCUCAGAUUCCUCAAAGUUCCUUGGUUUGUUUUAAUGUUUAACUUGAACAUUUUGUUCCUCUUUGUCCAUGUUGGAACUUGAUCAGCCAGUUGUUUGUGAACGUGCAUUUGCGUGAGUACUUGGAGCUACAGCAGUUGGGCACCUUUACAAAGGAAUUAUUUGGUUAUUUUUGCAUCAGCUGUCCUCUGAGUUCUCUGUGUGUGUGUAUGUAUGUAUAUGUGUGU